CGUUCGUUCAGAGCCAGCACCGACAGCCCAUCUGCAGCCAUCACCGAUGAAGACAUCCGUCCCGUCCACAACCCACACGACGUCCAACACGGCCAAAGCGGCCAAGGCAUCCAAGGCGGCAAAGGCAUCCAGGGCGGCAAAGGCAGCCGAGGCAGCCCGGCAUCAGGUCUUGCUCGGGAUCCUUGCCCAGGCAUUCGAAGAGACUCGGUUGCCGAUGCCUGAUGACGACAUGAUCGACUUUCUUGCCACCGAGCUGCUCGGUGUGUACAGCGGCCCGGCACUCACAACCGAAGCUAUCCUGGGGGUGCUGGGAGAGAUCCUGGUUGAGUCUUUUCUCUGCGCCGACAGCCGCUCGGCCCAAGACCUCUGCCAAACCAUUGCCCUACAUACCAGCCGCAGUGCCGGAGCUGCCGGGUCCGGCUCGGCCCAAGAGCCCCAAGAGCCCCAAGAGCCCCAAGCAUCGUUGGACCAACCCGAUGACGAUAACGAUGAUGAAGGCGGCAACGAAGGCGACGAAGAUGACGACGACAUGGUCUCCAUCGAAGAGGGCUGCUGUGCGAUCUGCGACCGGUACAUGCCGCUGACUUUCCACCACCUGAUCCCCAAAGAGACCCACAAGGCCAUGAAGAAGCGGCUGCGGCUCGACCAGGACGAGCUGAACCGCGGAAUCGACAUCUGCCGCCCAUGCCACUCGGCCAUUCACCGAAUGUUUGACAACAAGGAGCUGGCGACCAAGCUCGACACCCUUCCGAAGCUGCUGGAAAACGAGCGGAUACAAAAGUGGAUGGUGUGGGCCCGGAAGCAAAAAUCUGCGUACUGUAGCGCUGCAACGAGUCGUCUCGUUUUGGGUAAGCCUCAAGCUAUUCAGCAGGCCACCCAGCAGGCCAUCCAGCAGGCCAUCCAGCAGGCCAUCCUGCCAGCGGGCGAUGGUUCCCAUGCAAGGGCCAUGCUCUCCAUGACCGACCGGGCCGCAUCCGAACUUCCCCCAUCUGCAUCCGCCGGGGCUUCGGCUUGGGUCGGCAGGCGCAUUGUCUUCAACAGCCAGAUCGGCACUGUCCGUUUCUUCGGCGCCCUGCCUGGAACUCCUGAGGGAUCGACCUGGCUGGGCGUCGAAUGGGACGAUCCCGCCCACGGCAAACACUCUGGUGAGCUUCAGGGCGUCUCCUAUUUCCAUACGGCCACCCCUGGAGCCGGAUCGUUCGUGAAGCUCUCUGAGAAGGUGCUGGUCGGUCGCGAGUUCCUGGAUGCCCUCCGAGAAAAGUACCUGGCCGCCCAGCCCGAAGACGGAGUGAUCACCCUUGGCGGAAACAGCAAGAUCGAAGUCGAGACCGUUGGUUGGGACAAGAUCCACAAGGCCAUUUCCAAGCUCAAUGAGCUCCAGGAAGUUGGCCUUUCCAACUGCAUGAUCGAGCGCCGCGGCCAGCCAAAGUCCAUCCUGGAAACCUGCCCCGCAAUCCAGGACCUGGAUUUGUCCCGAAACCUCAUCGGCUCCUGGGAAACAGUGUCAGAGAUAUGCGAGGAGCUGCCAAGACUACAGUCGCUCCGUAUCUCCCAUAAUCGCCUGUCCGCAAGCUCGAUCGACCGGCUCGUCGUCUUUCCUCACCUCACCACCUUGGCCCUCAACUGGACGGCGAUCACCUGGGGCGAAGUUACUCGGCUCGCACGCAACUUUCCAGGCCUCGAGACUCUGCAUCUGGGCUUCAACCAACUGCAGCGCCUGGACGGCUCCAGCGACGAGAUUGCACAGCUGUUCCCCAAUCUCAAGCUCCUGAACCUCGAAUCCAACAAGUUCACGGCGUGGUCCGACAUCAAGAUCCUCGAUCGGCUGCCCCGCCUUGAGUCUCUGUUCUUGAACGACAACCAAAUCGCUGAUAUCGAAGCAGUGUCGAACCCAGAACAUAGCUUUGCGGCCCUGCGCUCCCUCAAUAUCACCCAGAACUCCAUCAAUAGCUGGAUGUCUCUCCAUCAUCUCAACUCGUACAACUUGGUCGAGGUGCGCCUCAAGCGGAACCCAAUCCUGGACGACUGUCCGGCCAACGAUCUGCACUUGACGCUUAUCGGCCGACUGCUCAAGGUCCAGUCGGUGAACGGUUCGCGAAUGUCGCCCAAGGAACGCAUCGAGGGCGAGGUGUUUUACUUGAGUCGCUGCGUCAAGAACGACUCGGACCUCAACGAGGCCGAUUUCAACGCCAAGCACCCAACCUUUGCUCACUUGGUAUCGCUCCAUGGCCACCCGGGCAAGCCCGAGGCGUCAACCAUGUCGGCUGCCCUCAAGGACAACAUGGUGACCUUGGUUCUGGAGCGACCCGACACUGGAAAGUCCGUGACCAAGAAGGUCCCCAAUACCAUGACCAUCCGAGCUCUGCGAACAUUGGCAGGCCGCCUUCUGGGCCUCACCCAGCCCAGCACAAACAUGGCGGUGGUUUACCAGGACACUGGCAAAAGCCUCGACAUGGUCGAUGACAUCCGCGACAUUGGCUUCUACAAUCUCGUCGAUCAAGACAAGAUCGUGUUUACUCUUUAG